ACAAAAUUCACAUCGAUCGCUGCGAAGCGAAUUCCGUCUCUCCCCAAGUUCCGACGACGCCAUUAUUCUGAUCCGAGAAAAACUCCGAGAUGUCUUCGUUUUGCGGCGAUGAGACGGCACCGAUCUUCGGCUUCCUUGUCGAUGCAUGUGUGCUUCGUCUUCUCCUCUUGAUAUGAUUGCUCGCAGAUCCAAAGUCAUCGCUCCUAUGGAACCGAACCUUCAAACAUAUGGGCCAAGUACUUAGUAGUCUAAAAGUCCAAAAGUAAAUCAAUUGUAUCAAGAGAAAGGCAGCUGGUGUUAACUUCAACAGCAGCAGAUCCAAACAUUGGUACCCGAACUUGGGUGAUCAAGGCCUUCGGGUACAGGUCUGAGUAACAAACCAUGUUAUCCGUUCGGCAUUCGGGAUCCAUUAUGCUCAUACCCAGAUGGAGAAACCUCUUGUGCCUGGAAAAACAUUCUUUGGUUCCAAAGAUAUCAGCCUCAUCGGCGAUGAUAACAAAUCACGCAUCGUUUCAUUCGACGUGUGUUUUGUCUGAGAAAUGGAAGAAACAGUGGGAUUCUAAUGAUAAAGCUCCUAAGCGUGAGAGACCUUCCAAGAACCAUAUAAGGUAUACUGUAAGACAGAAGCGUGCUGAUGCUAAGAAGGCUCUAAACCAUCUUCUCUUCCACACCGGGAGAAUACAAAACUCGUUCCAGGAUGAAUGGAACUUUGAUUCUCCGAAGCAGGAGAAGCUGAGUAAGAAAUGUAAACCUGGACGGGGUAAAAAACCUAGUGACAAAAAAACAAAACGGUGGCACUCACAAGAAAGUUUCUCCGAUGAUUAUGAUAGCGAUAACAGGUUCGAAGCUACAUUCGGGAGAAGAACAUAUAGUUGGUCAUUCAAGUACGGUUCUUGCUCUAGGAACUCGGGCUCUUCAGGGUUCGAAUGGAGAGAAGGCUGGAACUGGACGAACCAGAGGACGAAGAAUCGGGACGAUGAGUAUUGGGAUGAAUCUCUGAGUGUCGGGUCCCGAUCCGACAGGACAAUCCUGGGUCUGCCCCUGUUCGGUCCGCUCAAGAUCGAGGAUGUUAAGAAAGCGUUCCAAGAAGCGGCUUUGAAGUGGCACCCGGACAAGAACCAGGGACCUUAUCAGGACACAGCUCAAGAGAAGUUUAAACUCUGUCUCGGUGCUUACAACUCACUCUGUUCUGCAUUACAUCAAAGUGUAUAGAUCCACUGGUUGUAUGAGUUCGGUAGUUAGUAAGUUCAAAAGGGUAGCUCCCAUUUUUUUGGAAGCUCCACGGAUCUUGUCUGAUGCUUAGUAUCGUAGGAUGUCUUCUUGUGGCGUAGA